AUGGAUUCAAGCAAAUGCCCCACCUGUGGUUACCAGACGACUCAUAAUCAAUACUGCGCCAAAUUCAAGGAUUUCCUUGAAAAGCACCCUUGUCCCCCCCAAAAUGGCUCUAUUUCCUACAAGCUUGCUGUCCAGCUAGAGGAAGAGGCAACUGAAUUCGGCCUUAUUUGGCUAGCCUGCCAGCGACGCGACGGUAAUACUGCUACGGAAGGAUACGACGAACCCAACUUGGAUAUUUAUCUACAAACCAACUAUAUUCAAGCCUCCCCCCCAAAAUAUGAGCCCCUGAAGCUUACAAACAUCCCGAACGACCUCAAACACUCAAUUGAGCUCUGGGAUUACUUCGAUUCCUCCACCGCGAAGCCAAACAGCCUCGCCCAGUCGUUUAGCGGAGGAGAGAGUAAGAGAGAUUGGAGAGGUCCUAUUUUGUUUGCAAGCAGCGUUAUUGUUGGUGAAGACGUCAAUACUAGAAAUUACAUGAACGUAACUCCUUCGGUUGCCGAGAUUGCCUUUGAAUAUCUUCGCACCAAUGGAGAGGUUGUUGGCGGAACAGCCUGAAGAGAGUUUGAGCUUCGGUGCGGUUCGUGUAUUUAGUUUUCUUCUCCGACUGAAGUAAAGGUCUAGCCGGUCUAGCAUAUUUCCUCAUAGGGUGGAAAUUGGCCGUGCUACAAGGAAGCGAGGAGUUUGUAUCUGGUUGCUUUCGGGGUUUCAAGUAGAAGUCAGGCUGGCCUGGACUUCGGAGCCAAAAAAUACGUGGAUUAAUAUUAUUUUUUUCCUUCAUGUUUCAAUCCCAAAUAUACCCUUCUAUCUUCCAUGUCUGAAGGCAUUCACCUUAAUAGCCACCCCACCAGACGGCUUGAGAAACGCCGACUCGCCGCAAGCUCUUGAUCUUACAAGAACAUCACUCCCACACAGAUCCCAAGACAGGACCAAAUAUCUCGAUAGAUAUUCAAACCCAUAACACGACAGUCCAACCCCGGUCCAUCGCGCUUCUCAUUGAGGCGACUGAGACGUUUUGAAGGUCAACAAAGGUGAGCACUUCGGAUGAUGAUAAAACCCAAGUAUCAAGCAACUAACGACUUGAAGUUGAUGAGCCUCUGUGUCAAGAUGGGUCCCAAAAAGCAGCCUAAGUCCACAAAUCCAACUGUUGCACCCCAACGCCUACAGGCCUCAAAAUUGGAAGCUAACAUACCAUCUCAAUAUACAGGUGGCGGGACUUCCUCUCGAUUUCAUCGCUGCUAUGACUGCACUUCAAACCGGCGAUAGUGACCGCCCAUACGGAAUCCUAGCCGCCCAUGGUGUGACAGUUGGAGACGAAAACUUGCAGUCAAGCCUUCGACAAAUCCCUAAAUGUAUUAUCUGCAACAAAGCCGCACCUGCUGAACCCAACGGAAAGUCAUCUGAAGAAGCAUCAAAAGGCAUGAAGUGUCCGCUUUGCAAAUGCACAGUCAACUGCUCUACCAGAUGUCUCGAUAAGGAUAAAGCCAACCACGAUACACUAUGCCAGGCGUUUACUGAGUUCACUACGCAACACCCGAGACCUGCCAAUCAUGGACUCAAUACCUAUAAGCUCGGCGCGCUCUUACCUGAAAAUUCAGCUGGCGUAGAGUUUGUAUGGGUCAAGUGCGAAUUACGGAUGAAGAAGGAUGGCAAGAAGGAUGGCAAGAAUGUCGCAACUCAUCACGGUGAUCCGAGACAACAUAUCGGUCUACCACCAAGCCCCAGUUAUGACUACGUAACCUUGGAUAUGGAGACAACUUUUCGAGACUCGAAGCGGGGAAUCGACUAUGAUCAUACAACGACGUUAUGGUGGAGAGACGAAUUCAUGAUCGACGGAUCGAAGAAAAUCAAUACCUGGCAAAUCUCCCUCGAGGAAAGAAGAACAAUACAUCGUGGAAAGGCCCGAUUUUGGUUACAAGCGGAUAUGCGACUAAACUUUCACCAACUCAAUUCUCGUUGGAUGUUACCCCAGUUGAUAUUCUUCGUGCCGAACAACAUGUAUUCGGAAAGGAGGCCUCACUGGAAUUGUCUAUUAGGGAGUUUGAAGCAAUCAAUAAGAAACCCCUCAAGACAGAUCCUUAAACCGAGCAAUUUGUAA